CAUGUGAUUACCUUCGGUUUCUGGAUGAUGUGAUGUGCGGAUGGGCGAUAUAUAAGUCAGUGAUCAGCAGUUCACCCACCAGCACCAGCAGCUACUCAAACAGGAAGGACCUUCUGCUGAAAUCAAUCAACGGCUCCUACUGAUACGUCUGUCAGAGGUAACAUUUCAGGUUCAGAGUUUGGUUUCUGGACGUCAGGAUGAAGACCCCUGCUCUGCUCCCUGCAGCCCUGCUGCUGGUUUCUCUGAUUGCAGCCGCAAGUUCUGAUCUAACGCCCUUUACUGUCCUUGUGACAAACUCUGUGACACCCACCCCUUGCAAGAACUACAGCGCUGCCGUGGUCUUCAGAGGGAUCUUGUUGGGUGGAUUGAGGAGACUGCAGAACUCAACCAAAGACUUCACGUUCACCUACACAGAGGAUCCAAACUAUGGCCCGUUCCUGCAGAGUGUCAACGGUUUGCCUGGAAGUCAGAAGAAUCGUACCUACUGGGAGCUACUGGUAAAGAAAACCGAUGGCCAAACCAUCAGGCCUGAUGUUGGUAUUGGAUGUUACCUUCCCAACAAAUAUGAGACAAUCAUCCUGAACUACAACAAAUACUGAGGAACCAGCAGCCACAGGACAUCACCACGAGAUCCUAGGAAGAGUCAGAUCCAAGUGUGUCAUUCUACUGUAUUUAUCUAAUGUAUAUAUCAUUAUUAAUCAACUAGGACGGAUUGGUCUUUGACGUCCAGUAAGAAUUCACAUCUGAGCACAUGGCCCUCCAUGUUACGAAGCCAAGUAUAUGCAUGGAAACAAACCAUAUUGUUGUAUAACUGAGAUGGAAACAGUAGAUACAUUGUGUCUUGACUUUCUUGUGAUUGUCUUUAUGAGAUUCUACCUUCACCUGGAAAUCCUCAGUUCUGGAACCUGGUCAUUAAAAUGUACACUUGAAGUUAUUAGCUCA